GAUUGGCUGCGGCGUGCGGCGGCUCCGCCGGUGAAGGUGAGCGUCUCCUCCAGGCGCCGUGCGCCACCCGUAACGAGCCGGAGGGGACCAGCGUGGGUCGCGCCGCCAUGGCCGCCUCCAUCUUCACCGCCGUCCCCCGCGCCCCGCCGGUCGCCGUCUUCAAGCUCACGGCGGACUUCCGGGAGGACGGGGACUCGCGAAAGGUCAACCUAGGCGUUGGCGCCUACCGCACGGACGAGGGGCAGCCAUGGGUCCUGCCCGUGGUGAAAAAGGUGGAGCAGAUGAUCGCCAACGACAACAGCCUGAACCACGAGUACCUGCCCAUCCUGGGUCUGCCCGAGUUCCGGGCCAAUGCCUCCCGCAUCGCCCUGGGUGACGACAGCCCCGCCAUCAAGGAGAACCGGAUUGGAGGCGUUCAGUCCUUGGGCGGGACGGGCGCCCUGCGUAUCGGCGCAGAGUUUCUCAGGCGGUGGUACAAUGGAAACAAUAACACAGCGACCCCGGUCUACAUCUCCACUCCGUCCUGGGAGAACCACAACUCUGUGUUUGUGGAUGCUGGCUUUAAAGACAUUAGAACCUACCACUACUGGAAUGCUGCCAAGAGGGGUCUGGAUCUCCAGGGGCUGCUGGAUGACAUGGAGAAAGCCCCAGAGUUCUCCAUUUUCAUUCUCCAUGCCUGUGCGCACAAUCCAACGGGCACAGACCCUACUCCUGACCAGUGGAAGCAGAUUGCUGCUGUUAUGAAGCGCCGGUUCCUGUUUCCAUUCUUCGACUCUGCGUACCAAGGGUUCGCCUCUGGCAGCCUGGACAAGGAUGCCUGGGCUGUGCGAUACUUUGUCUCCGAGGGCUUUGAGCUCUUCUGUGCACAGUCGUUUUCCAAGAACUUUGGGCUCUACAAUGAACGUGUGGGGAACCUGACUGUGGUGGGGAAGGACACAGACAACGUGCAGCGUGUGCUUUCACAGAUGGAGAAGAUUGUGCGCACCACUUGGUCCAACCCUCCCUCCCAGGGAGCACGUAUUGUGGCAACUACGCUUUCUUCCCCACAGCUCUUUGCUGAGUGGAAGGACAAUGUGAAGACGAUGGCAGAUCGUGUCUUGCUGAUGCGCUCAGAGCUCCGGUCUCGACUGGAGGCCCUUGGGACCCCAGGCACCUGGAACCACAUCACAGAGCAGAUUGGCAUGUUUAGCUUCACAGGGUUGAACCCUAAGCAGGUGGAGUACAUGAUCAAGGAAAAACACAUCUACCUGAUGGCCAGUGGACGCAUCAACAUGUGUGGCCUGACUACGAAGAACCUGGACUACGUGGCCAAGUCCAUCCAUGAAGCUGUCACAAAAAUCCAAUGAAGCACAUGAACAAACAAACUUACAUGAAGUCACCAAAGCUGUAGUGCGUAGUCUGUGUCUUUUGCUGCUCAUGGCUUGCCUUGACCCGCAGCUCUUGGGGUUUAAUAAAGAUGGGAGGGGCAGCUCAA